AUGGGAUCAAUGCUUGAAGAUUUGAGCAAGCCCAUUGAUGUCAUUGUUGUUGGAUCCGGGGUUGCUGGCGUCUCGGCCGCCAUCGAGGCAGCAGUCCAAGGGUCAGAGGUGGUCGUUCUCGAGGCUCAAAGCAAUCUGGGAGGAGCUUCCAUAAUCAGUGGAGGAGCAUGCUGUUUUGUUGGCACCUCGCUCCAACAGGAACAGAAAGUCCAAGAUUCCGUCGAGCUGGCACUUUCCGACUGGGUCACGUUCGGAGGCCCGACCGCAGACAUUGCCUGGGCACGCAAAUACCUCGAACACAGCCGCGUCGACGUGUGCGAAUGGCUGGAGAAUAUGGGCGUGCGCUGGACAACGCUGAUGCAGCCCGAAGGCAACAGCGUGCCACGGUGGCAUCUCCCUGAGGGCUGGGGCCGGGCGAUCAUGUCAAGGUUGAUCGAACGGGCAAAGGCUCUCGGGGUCAAUUUCAAGACUCGUGCUUGUGUGAGACGGUUGAUCGUCGAGAACGAGACCGUGAAUGGGGUCGACGUUCUAUUCAAUGGUGCUCUGCACACGCUCCUUGCGGCAAAUGUCAUUGUAACCACAGGAGGCUUCUCGGGGAACAUGGCCAAAGUGAUGGAUUGGGCUCCCUGCUUGCGAAGCGUCUCACGAGUUCUCAGUGGAGGCUCCGUCGCGGCCAAAGGGCUGGGACAUGACAUGCUCUUCAGAGAUGCUGGAGCCGAUCUGGUCUGCUUAGAUCAUAUCUGGGUGUAUCCGGUCGGUACACCAGACCCGACUGACCCCGAAGGGAAGCGGGGGCUGGGAGUGCGAGGUUUUCGAACGGACAUUUGGCUGAAUAGCGAGGGGCGGCGAUUCCACAACGAACAUCUCAAGGGACCUCGCUCGGGAACGCCAGCCUUGCUAUCCCAGCCCGAUCAGACAUUGUGGGCGAUUUUCCCGCAAUCCGAUAUCGACAACCUAGAAAUCAUCAACAAUCCGGAAUUCUUUCCACCACCUCUUGCUGGACACACGCCCGCAGCGGUGAAGAGUUUCUGGGCCGAUUCAGCACACGCCUGGCUGGCCAAGGAUAUUGGUGAAUUGUGCCAGGCUACUGGACUACCAGUCGACAAUGCGCGCGAAGCCAUUGAUGCGUUCAAUGCCGAUAUCAUUGCCGGUCGAUCGCAGGAUUCCCGAUUCGGUCGUCCUCUCGCUGGUCUCGUACCUCUGACAGAGAAUCUUGCAGCUAUCCAGCUAUACCCGAUGGCGCAAAAGACUUUUGGCGGCGUGCGCACGGAUCUGGAGUGCCGAGUGCUCAACCAGUCGAACAGGCCGAUAUCCGGACUUUACGCUGCGGGGGAAGUAGCAGGGAUGGCGGGAGGAUGCAUCAAUGGACGGGCUGCGCUUGAGGGGACAAUGUACGGACCCUGCGUCUACUCGGGCCGAGUUGCUGGGAAAGCUAUAGGCUCCCUCCGUACAGCGACGCAGCCAGAAAGUACGAUCGAAAGACCGCCCUCGGACGGUGGUGCUCUGCCUUCCAGUGAGCAUGACCUUGCUGAGCGCGUACGGAGGCUCGAACAAGCUCUGCUAGCAAGGGGAGAUCAAGCGCCGCCCCGUCAAGACAGUGCGACUCGACGAAGCGACUGGGAAUCGUCUACCUCAGACGGUCGAAAUCCCGUUCGAGUGCAGGACCAAACAAACCAUGAGGCUGACCUUCAGCAAGACCAGGAGAUCGUUGAACAUCCUGCGUCUGGCACAGAGGUCAGGCUUCAGGCUCAGGAAUUGCUUGUGAACUCGAACGAAUACUUACUCCUGGGCACUGCACCUCAGUACGAACCAUUACCUGUCGCAGAGCUGGUUCAAAUUUUGCCCAAUCGCACCAACGCGAGAAGACUCUUUGGAUUCUACGUGGACAACAUAAACUGGGACCAACACAUCAUUCAUGUCCCUACCACAUCCCGCCACCUAGAGCUCAUAUACGAUCAGCUCUCUGAGGGCAUAAAACCGGAGGGCGUUCGGGUAGCUCUCAUUGCAGCAAUAUUUGCAGUGGCGGCAUAUUUCUGGCCCGAUUCACCCCCUUCAGAACCAACAUUACAUGAUGCGAAGAGUUGUUGCCGGAAGUGGAUUCUCCUGAUCCAGCAUGUCCUAGUCGAGUCCAACCAUCUGAGCUUCCCCACGCUCGAAACACUCCAAGCAAAGAUGCUUCUCACGCACUUUCUGCCGAUAUUUCCGCUCACGACCGGACGCAGAAGCCAACAAACCCAGCUGGUCAAUGCGGCACACAUGCUUCAAAUUCAUCUCGUUGACUCUCCUCGUGAGCGAGCCCUUCGUGGGAAGGGUACCCAGGACCUGAUCGAUCUGGAGGUCAAGCGAAGGGUGUGGUGGAAUAUCGUGGCGGGCGACUGGAUGUUGUCAUUCAUGACCGGGCCUCAGCAAGGCACGUACAUCGUACACCCCGAUCAGAUGAACGUCGAGUUUCCGAGCAAUGUCGACGACAAAGAUAUCACGGCUGAGGGGAACUACGACGAACCCGUCCUCGGCUCGCCGACCGAAAUGACUUUCACCAUCGCGAAGAUCCGCGUCAGCACCGUAAUCCGUGAGCUCAUAGAUACGGCUAAUAAAGCCAAGGUGAACGUUGACGAGCUCGACUAUGAGCAGAUUUUGGUGUUUGACAAGAAGUUGAACGACGUCUAUGACUCGCUGCCACCGUAUUUCCGAUACGAGGACGCAAGUCGACCGUACGUCCAGGAGAUCUACAACGCGCGCCCGUAUCUCGAACGACAGCGAAACUUUCUGUUGUUUGGACUCUACAUCCGGCUUUCGCUGCUCCAUCGUCCGUUCCUGACCCGCUCCUACAAGGAGCCGCGGUACCGCUAUAGCCGGAUGGUGUGUCUCCGGUCGGCACGCAUUGUGAUCGACCUCCACAAAGCCAUGAGAGAAGUCAGUUCCGGACGCAUGUGGCUCGUCAUGUACCAUGUUUUCGUCGCCACCACCACGUUGGUCAUGGACUAUGCCUGCCAACGAGACGACCCACAAGCGGCGACGGAACGCAAGCAGGAAAUCCUCAAUUGUUACCGGAUCCUCGAGGCGGGAGAGGAGCGAGAUCCGGAAGUGAAGGAAGGCCUGGCUACGCUCAAGCGUAUCACCAACGAGUGGAGGAUGAGGAGUGAUUCGGCGCUAUAUGCCUCAAUGGCGAGAAGGCUGCCGGACGAGGUGCCUCUUAUGGCCUCGACUCAACCCCGACCGAGACCAGAAAUACACCCGCAGUCUCAACCUCACACACAGGGUCAUUCCCACCACCCAACCCAUUCAGCAAGCCUGACGCUGAGCGGCAAAAGAACGACAGCGGCAACGGCAACACCUACGAUGAGACCGCCGACCACUACCACCACGACGCGCGACCCAUAUCUUUUCGGAGCAUCCGACGCAACACAUAACACCGAUAUGACGACCCUGCUCUCCGACCGGUCCACGUGGUCCAUCGACACGACGCCGCCACGCUAUAUCGGGCCCGAAGCCCCUCAGAACGGGACGGAAAUAGAAGCCGGCCUGGGGUCCGGGUGUCCACCUAUCCCGGACCUGUGGUUCCCACACUUUGACGCGGACUUGGACCCGACGAACAAUCUGCAGUGGGAAUCGCUGUUCCGGGACCUGGACAAUCAACAGACCCGGCUCGGUCUUUGA